AUGUCUCCUCGCUUGCUAUCACCUACUCUCCUCCGAGCAUGUCGGAGGAAUUACUCUACAUCUAGCACCGUUUCUUUGGCAUUCGAUUUGUACGAACCUGCCAAAGCCUCGUCCAAUGCUCCACGAGCCAUCAUCUUCAUGCAUGGUUUAUUCGGAUCCAAGAAGAAUAACAGGAGCAUCAGUAAGGCUCUCGCAAGAGAUCUAGGAAGGCCUGUCUAUGCGGUUGAUCUUCGAAAUCAUGGCGACUCACCGCAUCACCCUAAACACGAUUAUACUGCCAUGGCAGCCGAUGUAGCUGGAUUCAUAAACGAGCAUAAACUUACCGGGCCUACACUGAUAGGCCACUCAAUGGGAGCAAAGACCGCAAUGGCUUUAGCACUUGAAUCGCCAGAAAUGGUCGAAGAUAUAGUAUCCGUGGAUAAUGCACCCAUUGAUGCGGCACUCCUCAGUAACUUUGCAAAAUACAUCCAAGGAAUGAAGAAAAUCGAAGACGCGGGAGUCUCUAAGCAAACUGAAGCGGAUAAAAUCUUGCAGGACUAUGAAGAGGAGCUUCCUAUCCGCCAAUUUCUCCUCGGAAACCUUGUGCGCACUGAAGAUAAGACGCAAAAAUUCAAGGUUCCUCUCAAGAUUAUCGGAGCUGCUUUGGACAAUUUGGGCGACUUCCCGUUCAAGGAUCCAGAUUCGAUACGCUUCAACAAACCUACAUUAUUUGUUCGUGGAACUCAAAGCCACUAUGUGCCAGAUGAAGCACUUCCUAUAAUUGGAAAGUUCUUCCCCCGUUUCGAAUUGGCCGAUAUAGAUGCUGGACAUUGGGUAAUCUCUGAGAAACCAGAGGAAUUUAGACAAGCUGUCGUAGAAUUCUUGAAGCCAAAGGAAUAG